AUGUUUGUUAUUUGUUCUGGUUUUUAUUCUGAGUUUCUUCUAUACAAAUCUUUACACAAACUUUGUUUUCAAUUAUUGCUAGUUGUUGAAAAAUUUAUUGAAAUGUGUUUGUCUGUUCAGAAUUUUAAUAAUUCUCAGGAGUCAGAUUUAACUCCAGCAGUAGCUUCUCUCCAAAAAGAAUUACUUUCACAUUUAUCAACAUCCUCGUCUUUAGAUUCUUUUAAAACAUCCAAUUUAAGUUUAGAAGGAGGAGGGGGGAAUACUUGUUGUAGUAAUUCUUCUUCAAUUAUAUCAAAACAACAAAAUUUUGAUUUAAAUCAAUCUAGAGAUGUUUUAAUGUUACACACAACAAAUAAACAAUUUAGAAAUGCUUUUGGGAAGUUGACACAAUUGAGAUCCCAAUACUGUAAUACAUUUAAUGGGCAAUUUGGUUGUUGUGAACAAAUAGAUGUUGAUGUACUUUUACUUAAUUUUUGUAGAAGUCAUUGUUCUUUACGUGUUUGGGCAAUGAUUGGGUCUUUUGAACAGCUACGUUCUUGGUGCUCACAAUUAAAAGAGUCAAAUGUGCAAAUUGGUAUACUUUUAAGAAAUAUUUCUGACAAAUAA